AUGGACUCAAGUCGUGGUCAAGAUAACCUCCAGAAGGAUUUCUUGGCCUUUCUGUUUCCGGAAUCUUCCUCCGACCAACAACGAGGCCAUGACUCUCAGCAGAACGAAGUUAUGAACACAGCUGCUGUGCACUGUCAACGUUCAAAUUCUGGGAUGCUCAACUUCACCGGAACCGCCAACCCUCCUCCUUUCAACCAACAAUUAGAUCUUAUGACCAUGAGCAAUCUCAUGUCUAUGCAGGGCAUGGACACCACGGCACUUCCAGCCCCGCCCAGUUCCACUGGCCUCACACCACAGGUCAUUUUUGAACAACAGUACAAGCUUACUCAGCUGCAUCAGCUGCAGCAGCUUCAAAAUCAAAUCCAGAAUCAAAUUUUUCAGCAGCAGCUUGCCCUUAUCAGUGGGCAGUCAGUCCUGAAUACGCACGAUACCAGCGUCGAGCCCGGAAGGGAUCAGAUUACAUCUUUUAGUGGCCUUCCGACUCCAAUGUCUUCCACGGAGCUCCGCCCCUUGCCUAACCCAGAGUUCCUCAGCCGUAUUGGCUCACAAUACCCUAAUCCUCCUUCUCAGGACGUGUACUCAUCCCACGCGCUUGACCCAGUUCCCUUCCUUCUCCCCAUGACACCUCCGUCUCCACGCAAUAUCUUCGCGACACGCGCCAUCCAGGUUCCAGCUCCGCACCUGCCAACAUAG